GUCCGCCCGCCAGAAUGAGCUUCCUCUUUGGCAGCCGGUCAUCAAAAACCUUCAAACCCAAGAAGAACAUUCCCGAAGGCUCCCAUCAGUACGAGCUCCUGAAACAUGCCGAGGCGACCUUGGGAAGCGGGAACCUUAGACAAGCCGUGAUGUUACCUGAGGGAGAGGACCUGAAUGAAUGGAUCGCUGUCAAUACUGUGGAUUUCUUCAACCAGAUCAACAUGUUGUAUGGGACCAUCACUGAGUUCUGCACAGAGGCGAGCUGUCCCGUGAUGUCUGCUGGGCCGAGGUACGAAUACCACUGGGCCGACGGCACCAACAUCAAGAAGCCCAUUAAGUGCUCAGCCCCAAAGUACAUCGAUUACUUGAUGACAUGGGUUCAGGACCAGCUGGAUGACGAAACGCUCUUCCCGUCAAAGAUCGGCGUCCCCUUCCCCAAGAACUUUAUGUCAGUGGCAAAGACAAUCCUGAAGCGACUGUUCCGGGUCUACGCCCACAUCUACCACCAGCACUUUGAUUCGGUGAUGCAGCUCCAGGAGGAGGCCCACCUCAACACCUCCUUCAAGCACUUUAUCUUCUUUGUGCAGGAGUUCAAUCUGAUCGACAGGCGGGAGUUGGCUCCGCUGCAGGAGCUCAUUGAGAAGCUGGGCUCCAAGGACAGAUAGGCCCGUCCCGGCCAACCGUGGCCCGCUGCGGGACUCGGCCACUCCCUUUCGCUUCCUCUCCCGGCCACAGCUCUUUGCUGGCCACUCUGUCUGCGACACCACCAGCCUUGAAGCCGGGCCUGGUUGGCAGAAAGCGGAGAUUUGCUCGGCGGACCGGCACAUCAGAGGCGGGGGAGAUUGUUUUGUGACAAGGCCUUGGGCUGCCAAAGCCUGGCUGCGUGCCGUUGGAGACUGCCCGGCAGGUCUAGCGCCUCUCCCGAGCAAGGCAGCGCCCUGUCUUUGGACCUCUGUGAUGGAUCGGCUUCCUUGCCAGCCUUGGCUGUGCAGUCCUGCCAGUGCUGGGCCUUUCUCUCUGCUGACCCUGUCCUGUGGGAUGGGAACCUUUGAGUAUGCAAGUAAAGUUUUGAUAUUCUCUUAA